UCAUUCCGCAACGGUCUGGACCACUCUGAACCUAACACCGCCAGAACAGGAGCCCAUGAACAAUGCUGUCUCGCCAUCCAUCACGCUCCUCUCGCAAUGGUCUGGACCACGCUGGACGCGCAGGCUGCUGUUCUACAGCAGGUGAACGCAUCGGAGUGGACACACCCUUGUAAGCUCAGGGUGGUAUGUCCAGGGUUGGAUUGGCCAGAUGAACGAUUCUCACCCAGAAACACCCCCUGAUGCCACAAGGGGAUGUCCACUCCCAUGCGUAUACAUGCUGUAUGAAGCAGCGCUGCCCGCCCACCGCUUUUUCUUCUUCAUCGAGUCCAGUCCGCACCCAACAAUCACCAGCUUUGGCUCACUAUUCUUCCAUUUUACAUCACUGUCCAACACGGAGCACCAUCCAUCACUACCGACCCACUCUUCUCGGUCAACAUGUGGUCUCUACCCAAGAUUGGACUGUUGGCUCCGGCCUACGUGCUGGUUUUCCCCGCCUACACAGCAGGCGCAUGCCUCGACCAUUGGCAUGGAACCGACCACCCUGCCAAGCCUUUCGGCCACGCCGCAGUCAAGCGCCACGAGGCCGCGAUGAUCCAAAAGCGCGACAUCAUUAGUUACAUUCGACUCGCGCUUACCCUCCGAUUGAUCGCAGAAGGAUUCCAGGGUGCUUGUGACAACCAUUUCGGACUCCUUGCGCGAGGAGAUGGCUCGGGUGGUCUGGAUCUGACAGUCGGACCCACGGGCAAUGCCGGAGCCAACUGGUUGGACACGACGAUUGUCAUCGAUCCGGACUCCGCAAGUGAUGAUGCACCCAGGAGAAUCGGGUAUUUAACUCAUGCUCAGUACAACGACGCGGAUUCUGUCACUGCCCACUACAGCGCGGACGAAACUCAACACUAUAUGGAGGCGAAUGGUUACCCCCAGAAUCAUGAGUUUUUCAUCGAGAUCCAAUACAGUAUCGAAGAGCAGCGAUAG